CCAUAGGUAUAUAAGAAUGUGACUCUGCAGGUUCCGGUGGGACUGACCAUUCAUACCUCUUUAGUCAUUUCAUAACUCUGAAUCAUGUCUGAUAACGGAGAACUGGAAGACAAGCCUCCAGCACCUCCUGUGCGAAUGAGCAGCACCAUCUUUAGCACUGGAGGCAAAGACCCCUUGUCAGCCAAUCACAGCUUGAAGCCUUUGCCCUCUGUUCCAGAAGAAAAAAAGCCAAGGAAUAAAAUCAUCUCCAUAUUCUCAGGCACAGAAAAAGGAAGUAAAAAGAAAGAAAAAGAACGACCAGAGAUUUCUCCUCCCUCUGAUUUUGAGCACACCAUCCACGUCGGUUUCGAUGCUGUUACUGGAGAAUUCACCGGCAUGCCGGAGCAGUGGGCACGCCUGCUGCAGACGUCCAACAUCACCAAGCUCGAGCAGAAGAAGAACCCACAGGCAGUGCUGGACGUGCUCAAGUUCUAUGACUCCAACACCGUGAAGCAGAAGUACCUGAGCUUCACUCCUCCGGAGAAAGAUGGCUUCCCUUCUGGAGCACCAGCACUGAAUACCAAGGUAUCAGAAACAUCAGCAGUAGUAACAGAAGAAGACGACGAUGACGAAGAGGCGGCACCUCCUGUUAUUGCCCCACGGCCAGAUCAUACAAAAUCAAUUUAUACACGGUCUGUAAUUGACCCUAUUCCUGCACCAGUUGGUGAUUCUCAUGUUGAUAGUGGUGCCAAGUCUUCAGAUAAACAGAAAAAGAAAACCAAGAUGACAGAUGAAGAGAUUAUGGAGAAAUUACGAACUAUUGUGAGCAUAGGUGACCCUAAGAAAAAAUAUACAAGAUAUGAAAAAAUUGGACAAGGGGCUUCUGGUACAGUUUUCACUGCUACUGAUGUGGCAUUGGGACAGGAGGUUGCUAUCAAACAGAUUAAUUUACAGAAACAGCCAAAGAAGGAAUUGAUCAUUAAUGAAAUUCUGGUGAUGAAAGAGUUAAAAAAUCCCAACAUAGUUAACUUCUUGGACAGUUACCUAGUGGGAGAUGAAUUAUUCGUGGUAAUGGAGUACCUUGCUGGUGGCUCACUUACUGAUGUUGUAACAGAAACCUGCAUGGAUGAAGCGCAGAUUGCAGCUGUGUGCAGAGAGUGUUUACAGGCUUUGGAGUUUUUACAUGCUAAUCAAGUGAUCCACAGAGACAUCAAAAGUGACAAUGUGCUUUUGGGGAUGGAAGGAUCAGUUAAACUUACUGACUUUGGUUUCUGUGCCCAGAUCACCCCUGAGCAGAGUAAACGCAGUACCAUGGUUGGAACGCCUUACUGGAUGGCACCCGAGGUGGUUACACGGAAAGCAUAUGGCCCUAAAGUCGACAUAUGGUCUCUGGGCAUCAUGGCUAUUGAGAUGGUAGAAGGAGAACCUCCAUACCUCAAUGAAAAUCCCUUGAGGGCCUUGUACCUGAUAGCAACUAAUGGAACCCCAGAACUUCAGAAUCCAGAGAAGCUUUCCCCCAUAUUUCGGGAUUUCUUAAAUCGAUGUUUGGAAAUGGAUGUGGAGAAGAGAGGUUCAGCCAAAGAACUGCUGCAGCAUCCCUUCCUGAAACUGGCCAAACCAUUAUCCAGCUUGACACCACUCAUCAUGGCAGCUAAAGAAGCAAUGAAGAGUAACCGCUAACAUCAGUGCCGUGGCCUCAUGUUCCUUUGUCCAUUUCCUAAAAGAAGUCUUUUAAUAUAUGAAAGUUACUGCUCUUUUCGGGGUUUAAAGAAAUGGUCUGAAUAAUGGAGGAAAAACAAAGCUACUAUUUCUUGAAGACAACUAAGACAAAAUUGCAAAAAGAGAAUCAUGACUUUCAGAUGAACCCCUUCUUUAGGGUCCAAAGGAAUUGUGGACUGAGUCACUCGCCUUACAUCUUUCAGCAGACAGCCGUCAGGGCUGUUCCUUAUGCUUGAGAUUUGCAUUUUAUUUUGCUAACUUUGUUGGAAUAGAUCCCAUUCUUGUCCCCUUUGGGGUGUUUUCAAUACUUGAAGGGCAGAUUCGAGUUUUUCAGCAUAUUUGUUUCACCUGCUGGUCUUCUCUCUCCUUCAGAGCUCUCCUUUUCCUCGACUUGCUCCUUUUGAGUUGCUUUGAGAACUUUUUGUCGUGCCUGAAUUCAAGGCAAGUAUGAUAGAAAUUGUGCAGCUCCUCAUUGGCAAAGGAGCUCAGCAUAGUUUAACUUUGUAUAGAAGUUAGGACCAGCAAUGGUUUCAUGGAAUAUUUCAGUUCAGAACUUGAACUGAAAGAAGGGAAGAAAAGUAUGUGAUUUUUACCUUUUUAACAAAUGUGAAAGGGUCACUUUGAGAAAUCUCAUGGUGGUGAGUUUGGAGUUUGUUACAUGUAUAGAAAGAAGACUAAUCUAUAUUUAUAACUAAAUCACUGAGACAAAAAAGAAUCCCGGCGACUGUACACCCUGACGGUUUUGUCUUCCUUUCUGCCUUUCUCCUCUUCAGAUUUGGCUUGAGGAGGAACCAAAGUGAUUUUUCUUGUUCCAGCUUGGGCUUUAUGACUGGUUAGUGCCAUUACCUUUCCUUUCCUCCUUUCCUCUUUCAUUUUGGAAAUAAGUUUCUGUAUAUGUUGCAAUUUUAGGUUUAGUUUUUUUGUUUUUGUUUUUAUGUAACCCUCUCACCUUACAUAUCCUGUUCAUACCACAUCCUACUCUGUAAUAAUCAUUGAAUUUUCAGAAUUUGAAAAUUAACUUUUGUUUUCCACUUAAAGGGAAAAAUAUUUGGGGUUAGCAGAGACAAAGUGAGAGAUUGAACUUUAGUGAGUUGUAGAAUAAUUAGUUGAGACUGUAUUCAUGAGAGAGAAAUGUCAGUAUUACAGAGUUCCAAAUGAUGACGAGUAAACUGUAAAGGCUGUCAUAAGUUAGAGUGAUUCUAACACAUUACCAGUGUGUUACUGUGUAAGAGAACUUAAAUGAGAAGGUUCUUGGUGGAUUCACGGAUCAUUGGAGAUGUGGAAUUACUUUAGUAUUUUUUUUUUUUUUCAGAGAAGUAGAGAAUAUUCAUGUAAAAAUCUGAGGAAAAGAAAAAUGCGGUAUUGAUAGGAAUCCUUUUUUAUUUUAAAGAUUAAGAAAAGGUCUGUGACCUGUUAAUUAUGAGAAUGCCCCUUCCUCCCCUUCCCUUCUGUGCUUUACUCUCCUGUUCUUCUCUCCUCAUUUCUCGGUUGUUUGGCUUUUGGGUGAGGAAUGGUCUACUCUGACAUGCCUUGAACCACAUAAAAAAGUCUUCGGUUGAGUUCUGGUAUUUUGUUCCCACCAUGCCCUCCCAGUGAAAUUCACACCUGCUUGCCAUCCUGCAAUAGUACAAAUCAUUAAUGAAAAUAAGUAUGCUGUUUUGUAGUAUAUUGGAAAACCAGCAGAGUUUUAUUUCCUGUUAUUCCCGUCGUAUCUGUGUUAAGACACAGAUAUCAGUGUAGAAUGACUAUUUUGUGUUGAUACCACAGAAAGAUUUUCAGAAAAAUGAGUAAAAUAAUUAAUGAAACUUUUAUAUAGAGCACUUAAUGAUCUCUGAUACCAGUAUGGUUCUUGAUUGCAUUUUUCUCUGGACUAUAUUGGCCUUCUACAGCUCUUACUAAAUUAUAGAAACAAGCUGGUUUAUUUCUGGUGGAAAGCUACAGUGCCCCUUAACUUCCAGAUUUGAGCACUCUUUGUAGACGAUUGGAUGGAUGGAUCAUGAUGAAGAUGCUGCCAAUGAGAGAGAGAGAAAACACCGACUAGAUGAUGAGACUGAUCAUCAUGACCACUUAAGAAGGCGCUUCCCAUCCUAAGUCAUAAGGACUUUUUCCCUCGAAUCUGUGCCAGGGCCCCAGUUUAUGCUUGUGGUGCAACAAAGGGCCUUUCAGACGGUGGAAGCAGUUUGGGAUUUGUAUUUACAGCCUCUCGGAUGGUUACCUGCACGUCCAUUGCUGGCAACGGACUUUGAAAUCUGACUCCUUGGUUAAGGGAGCUACACUGUGGUGUAUUCUUUACUUACCUGGAUAAACUAACCUGUAAUAGAAGUAUACUUUAGUAAAUUCUGAAAUGUGUCAUUUUUAAACAAAAUAAUCCUGAAAGCAAUAUGAAAUUGUGAUUUAUUAGUUAUUUUAAAUUAAAAUGUUCAGAUCUUCUUGAAAGAACUACUGUAUCUGAAUCAAGAUUCUUGUUUUUUAAUAAUUGCUUUUUAUAUUCAUCUUUUUUUGUCACCACUUCAGGGUGAAAAUUCCCAUUUAAAUCUGAAAAUUACGUUAGUCAUCUUGUAUUACUAGGGCAAUAUUACUGUAAUACUUAUUUAUGAUAUUUUAACCUCUCUGGUGGUCUUUAAGUUAUCUUCUACUCUUGUUCCUUGUGCUGCUUUAAGGGACAGCUAAAAACUGGGAAACCAUGACAAUAUUGGAACAUUUUAUGCUACCUACAGUAGUAAACAAGUAGAGUGAUUAUGUAACAUGACCUCAAGGCUGACACAACUCUGUCUUCAUGUGUUGGGCACCUGGCACAUAGUCUGACUUCCCUUCAACAUGAAUAUUAAACUGCUUAAAAAAUGUAUCUAGGAACCACCAGUCCUAAACAAACCUGUGCCUUUAACAAGCCAUUUAAACUACCUGUAAGUAUUUCUUUGUAUGACUCCCUUAAAUACAUGUGUGUUUGUAUAUAUUAUAUAAUUUUAGAUGUUAUCAGGCAGUAGCUACAGUAAGAAAAAAACAAGUGCUUAAAGAAUUUGCAUCAAUUUUUUAAAUCUAAAAUGCUUUAAAUAUACUGAGAUCCAUAUCCAGUGAAAUGUCAAAAUAAUAUUAUAGGUUAUAGCUAAAAUCCAGAUUAAUAUUCAUUUUGUUUUUUAUGAUAGAAUUUCAUAGUAAUAUAAAAAGCAGAUGGUCUUCCACUGCUCCCGCGAUAGAUAUUUAAACAUUUAAUAUCAGUUUUUGCACAGUGUGUAUAUGUGUAUAUGAAUUAAAUAAAACACACAUUUUUUUCCUCUCA